AUGAUCUAUCUAUCUAUCUAUCUAUCUAUCUAUCUAUCUAUCUAUCUAUCUAUCUAUCUAUCUGUGUGUCUAUCUAUCUAUCUUCCGUGGAUGAUGUCAGAUGCUCCUGGCAACUGCUCUGUGUCUCACAGACGUCAGAUGCCCCUGGCAACUGCUCUGUGUCCCACAGAUGUCAGUUGCCCCUGGCAACUGCUCUGUGUCUCACUGACGUCAGAUGCUCCUGGCAAUUGCUCUCUGUCCCACAGAUGUCAGUUGCCCCUGGCAACUGCUCUGUGUCUCACAGACGUCAGAUGCCCCUGGCAAAUACUCUGUGUCCCACAGAUGUCAGGUGCCCCUGGCAACUGCUCUGUGUCUCACAGACGUCAGAUGCUCCUGGCAAUUGCUCUGUCCCACAGAUGUCAGAUGCCCCUUGCAAAUGCUCUGUGUCCUACAGAUGUCAGAUGCUCCUGGCAACUGCUCUGUAUCCCACAGUGGAUGUUCCCGUACCAGUUAUCGUCACUGAAAAUUGGAUUAUAG